AUGCAACGAAUUCGCUCGUUGUCGGACGCUAUUCCGAUUUUCAACCGAAAAUUCCAUUCCGUGUGUUUGGCUCAGUUAUUAUUUGGAAUUUUGGUUGGUAGUCUAAUUGGACUGUCUGCAAAAUAUGAAUAUGAAUGGAACGCGAAUUUGUAUGGUGAUAAUGCAUUGGACAACGAGCUAUCGGUGUUAACAGGGGACACCGUCGAUGAGGACAACGACAUCGCAACGAGCAGUAUUUACAUUAGAUGCAUUGUUAUAGUUUACAAACAUCGUGAUAAGAAAUCGAGAAAAAAUUUCACUUCCAUUGCGAUCGAAAAUUAUUUUGGUUCAUCAGCCUUCAGCUCAGUUGAAACACUCUCAGUUUUGUUCGAGAUCGUUAUUCUCAUAUUGAUGGCAAUACUACUCGAAGAACUGCAGACGGUUUAUGUCAAUUCAUGGCAGACGGCUUAUUAUUGGAAUUUUUAUGGAAAGGUGUUGAAAUAUGUGAGUAGUAAUUUGUUGAAUGAAGUAAGCAGUGAAAAUGCAAUAAGUUGGACGGUAAUUGGUGAUGAACGAAUGUACGUUGUGGUUGAGAAUCUGAGAAAAUAUCUCACCAGAUUCGAUCGUCGAAAACCAAUUCUGAUCGGACGUGUUACGAUAACAAGGAAUUUAUUAUCGUAUCUGUUUCCGUUUGGUCGACAAUCAACAAUAAUGUCGUUAAAAGCUGGCAUGAUAUUUUCUGAUGAAGCGUUGAAACUGAUAACAAAGGAUGACACAUGUGAUUAUUGGGCAUUUCCAAGAUCUACUGAAAAAGCGAUUAUCAAGUGUGCAUCAUCACUUAACAUUCGUAUCGUUGAUCCUACUGAUAAGGACGGAAUGUAUUUAAUGCACUCAAAAAGUCCAAAGGAUCUUAUACCUACAUCGUCGCAGUUUACGUUCACUUCACUUUACAAGAAAACAAACGUGAAGGUGGAAUGCUGCAGUGAUGAGGCGAUUACAUUCGGCGAUAUGAAUUAUAAACAACUACGCAUGAUUGAUUUCUUUACAAAGGCGAAGGUGUUCGGUAUUUCUUAG